AGUAAUUUAACCGGGUGUUGUUGGAUUGUUUUGCUAAAGCACUAGCCUGCACACAGCCUCGGUCAACCAUAAAUUCUUACUCGAAAUUUACAUUCACAAAAUUUUCAAUGAAUUCGUAUCACAUCACGAGGUUUUGAGUCGUAGGGAGUCAGACAGAGAUAUUUUCUAAUUUCAGUGUUGUGUUCCCCGCGUUUCUCCACCAUGAAUUCUCGUCGGCCUGACAGCUUCGAUGGUUUGGGUUAUACGGGCAGAGACUACCCGUCAUUCAGCGGGGGAUAUUCGGGCAGGUCAUUCAAUAAUUCGUCCAGUGCCGAUCUCCAGCACUGGGUCACCACACCUCCGGAUAUACCUGGCAGCAGAAACCUGCAUUUCGGCGAUCGUACACCGCAAUUUGAGACGCCACCUGCCCCGCCUGGAGCUGCGGACGAAGCGCAGUCAGCGGCUCCACCGUCCGAGCAACUGAACAGAUUUGCUGGGUUCGGGAUAGGUCUUGCUAGCCUCUUCACAGAAAAUGUCCUGGCCCACCCCUGCAUCGUGUUUCGGCGUCAGUGUCAGGUGAAUUACCAUGCCAGGUGUUACCACUUGUCACCAUUGACUGCCAUCAGCGUGAUGUACAAUGUCACUAAAACUCAGGGGCCAAAGGCUUUAUGGAAAGGAAUGGGCAGCACAUUUGUGGUACAGGGAGUCACCCUUGGUACAGAAGGCAUCAUUAGUGAAUGCACCCCAUUACCAAGGGAGUUAUCACACAAGUGGAACCCUAAACAAGUUGUAGGACAUCUAGUACUCAAAGGUUUGACAUAUGUGGUUGCAAUGCCGUUUUACUCAGCCAGUCUCAUAGAGACUGUACAGAGUGAAAUAAUCAGAGAUAAUCCUGGCAUCCUAGACUGUGUCAAAGAGGGUCUUGGGCGUGUGAUAGGCAUGGGUGUGCCCCACAGCAAGCGCCUCCUCCCCCUGUGGAACCUGGUGUUCCCUACAGUGCUCCACGGAAUCUUACAUUAUCUCAUCAGUUCCAGCGUGCAGAGGUUGGUGCUUUACCUGUUGCGUCGUCAUAAUAACGGCUCCCCAAAGCACUCGUCCCCCAACUCUGUAACGGACACAGUCCAGUCUAUGUUGGAUGCCUACUUCCCUGAGCUCAUGGCCAGCUUUGCGGCCAGCCUGUGUGCAGACGUGCUGCUGUUUCCUAUGGAAACAGUGCUGCACAGGCUGCAUAUUCAAGGGACACGCACUAUCAUAGACAACACUGACCUGGGUUUUGAGGUGUUGCCCAUAAACACACAAUAUGAAGGAAUGAGGGACUGUAUCAAUGCCAUUCGGCGUGAAGAAGGUACCAUGGGCUUCUACAAGGGCUUCGGCUCCAUCGUCGUGCAGUAUUCGCUGCAUGCCACAGUGCUGCAGAUCACCAAGGUGAUCUAUUCAACACUGUUGCGGAAUGCUUGAGUGGAAAGAUUCGGAAAGCUUUGCUGAUGAAGUGAUUCCUUCCUAAUUCAUUCAAAGGUCCUUUUUUGGUUGAAUUGGACAUUCCAAAAAAGUGUGUCCUAAUACAAAUUGCUAAUUGCAGAUAUGUGAGGGUUUCAUAAAGCACUGGUUGUCUAUUUAAUUGCAUGACUUAUUUUAUCAAAAUGCACAUGCAAAAUAGUCAUUAUGCUCCCAUAUUCACACAGUACAUUUGUUCAUAUAUUGAGCCCCAAACCCACCUCACUUCCCCACCACCAGCGGCAAAACAGGUAUAUUUCUGAAGCAUCAACCGUUGUAAUUUUAUUUCCAUACUGUUCUCUCCCUGUUUCAGUCAUGCCACUGGACACUGUCUCAUAAUGUGGUGUGUGAAUGUGGUUCUUUGGGGAGCAUUGGCUGAAGGCCUGUGCCAAGUCUUACAACAUGUGUAGAAAUUGUAUUUUGUUAUUAAAUUAUUAUUUGCACUUUAGUGCCAGUGUGUCUUAACAGUGAAAAUGUCUUUUCCUGCCAGAUUUAACUUUAUAUGAAAGAUUUUAAAUUCAGUUCCUUGAAUUGGUAGCCAUUAUAUACCAAAACAAGCAUGUGUAAAACGAAUCAACAUCUGAUAUUUUGUGAGUAAAUCAAGUUAUAAAUUAUUGGGCAUCAUGCUUUAAAAUAAAUGUCUAAAAUCGCUUUUGUCCUAAAACUGUUUUUAUUUUUUCCAUGAAUUUCCUUUGUAAGUGAUGUAUGUUUAAAAAAAAAUAAAAAAAAUAAGGCAAUGAAAAUACUGGUCUGUCUGUAAAGCAGACACACCUUAUUAUUAUUUGCCUGGCAUCAUUGUGAAAAGGUAUAAAGGGUUUAGGGGAGACCGGGGCUGGGUGUCACAUUCUUUAAACUACUCCAGUGAAUAUUUCUCAUGGUAUGUUGUUAAAAAAAGUCAAUAUCUAUAGGCACAUUCCUUAAAGUCUUGCUUAUACUGUAAAAGUCUAUCAACAUUUUAGCAGCACUGGCCAAGUAAAAAAGUGACAUUACAUUUGUUUAAUCUUUAAAUGCAUUGGUGUUUCUGUCUACAGUAUUACAUACCUAAGAUGUUUAGUGACCGGCACGUAUAUCUAUCAAAAAUGGAUCUACAAAAUUCUACAUUUCUACAUAGAUCUGCAUUUUUGUGUUUUAUUUUUUAUGUAUUAAAGAGAUGAUGCAAGUAACAAUAGAACGGGAUUCAUUUUGUCCAGGCUGAAGUUUUUUGAGAGGCAACUUCGUGUCACACAUAUUGAGCUGCACAAAAGAUACACAAAUGUAUUUUCUCAAGCAAUUAGAACUUUUUCAGUAGUCCAUCCAAAUGGCAAUAGCCAUAUAAUGUUCAUCUGUUACACUUGCUAUAGUUUACUUCCAAGUUGCUUCUUCAUCAAACAGCAAUGGCAAAUGUAAAUCAAGUCAAUCAAUGAAACCAACAUGAGUAAGAAAUAGCAUGUAUAAUAUGUUUGUGUACAUGAAUAUGGGAUACUGACAAUUCACUAUUGGCAUGUGUUGUAGAAAUUUUGAUACUCAUUGUUCAGGACUCAUUCAUUGCAAAGGAAUGUCACCUGGUCUUCUGAUCUGGAGAGGGAGAGGACAUUGGAUAAUUUAUGUUUGAACAAGGGACCGUAUUUACGACUGAAAAGGAGAACCGAGAUACCUCAGUCCAGGCUGAGUGGGGACCUCUGCCCAUUUAGUACAGGGGGGUACGUUUGGGCUGGUUAUUAGUAAAUCAGGCCUAGUAGCCUAGUCCCUGUAUCCAAGGAAUGUGAAG